CUUAGACUCGCAGCCCCUCGCUCCUAUGGCAACCCAACAGAUCAGCAUCAUGAAUAUUCACGCUUUCACCUAAACGCACCGCCGGUCGGGGAUGGGUGAGUGAUGUCAGCGCAGCGCUCCUUGGAACGUCGCCGUGCGUUUUCCUCAUCAUGAUCGUCGCCGUGUUUUUUUUUUUUUUUGUUUGUUUUUUGAGCGGCGUGACGGCUCCUUGUAAGACGCCUCCAUGAGGAGAGUGGGGGGUGCAAGCCUCUCUUCUCCGUGCGUGACCCUUCUCUCGUCCUCAUCCUCCUCCUCAUCGGCGCGUCCCCUCACAUGUCAGGGAAAGGUGACUUUCAGGCAGUUUUUUCCACUUUUGCGCACCAUGUCGACGAGGCGCAAAUAUGUGCGUGUAGGUCAGGGACGCUGUGGUCGUGCGGACCGCCCAGACUGUGCGUGAGAGGGAAACAGGUAGUGGAAUUUUGCAAGGAGCCAAAAAAAUGUGCGGUUCAUUUCUCUGAGAGACACCACCAACAGCAGCGGCAUCGGCGGCGAGCGAGGAGAGUGCGUGUCAUGUGUUGCAAGCUUUCAGGGAUUCAGAUUAGCUCCACGCUGCUCACAAACAGAUAAGAAACGCUUGGGGCUGGUCGUUAACCAAAAAAAAUCGUCCCCUUCGUCUUUAAAAAAGGUGGAUUGGUUCAGUUUGUUCUCAAUGUCAUAAUGGACAGGUUGCACUCGUCCAUGCGUAAAAGGCUUUAUAGUUUGCCCCAUCACAUUGGACACAAACCAUCCAUCAUGGGUGAAGGAGAAGACGGAGACAAGGACACGCGGAGGAAGAGCAUCAGGAUGAAGCCUUUGCCAUCGCCCACCUCCGGUGGAAGCUGCAAAGGCAUCGGGGAAACCAAGAGCGGCGAGUCCGUCAUCAUGGAGACGGACAUCGGUAGACCGAUGAAGACCAGUUCCAAUGGAGACUGCCGGAGGUUCAGGGGCAGCCUCUCGUCUAUUACCAGCCGCCAUGUGCACGACUCGGACUCCGCGGAGGAGAGGCGCCUCAUCACGGAAGGGGACGUCACUCCUAGCGAGGAGAGUCCACCCGGAGCUAUCGGCGAGGUGGCUCCGGAGCAAGGCGCGCAAGGAUGCAGCGGAGGUGCGGGCGGAGGUAGCGGAAGCGGCGGUGGCGCGCCUCCGAACGAGUCCCAAGCGGACGCCCAGUCCGGGUUCAUAAAGUUGGAUGGAAUUGAUCAGAUUCUACCGGACGACGAGCGGUUGUACCAGGCCGGGUUCAUGCACCGGCAGUUCGGGGCCAUGCUCCAACCUGGGGUCAACAAGUUCUCCCUGAGGAUGUUUGGAAGUGAGAAGGCGGUCGAGAGGGAGCAAGAGCGGGUUAAAUCCGCCGGAUUUUGGAUUAUUCACCCCUACAGUGAUUUCAGGUUUUACUGGGACUUGACCAUGCUGCUACUGAUGGUGGGCAACCUCAUCAUCAUCCCCGUAGGCAUCACAUUCUUCAAAGACGAGCACACGCCCCCCUGGAUUGUCUUCAAUGUGGUCUCCGAUACCUUCUUCCUCAUGGACCUGGUGCUCAACUUCCGAACGGGUAUUGUCAAAGAGGACAACACAGAGAUCAUCUUAGACCCGCAGCAGAUCAAGAUCAAGUACUUGCGGAGCUGGUUCGUGGUGGACUUCAUCUCCUCCAUUCCGGUGGACUACAUCUUUCUUAUCGUGGAGACGCGCAUCGACUCUGACUUUUACAAGACGGCGCGAGCUUUGCGGAUCGUGCGUUUCACCAAGAUCCUCAGCUUGCUGCGGCUACUGCGUCUCUCAAGACUCAUUCGUUAUAUUCACCAAUGGGAAGAGAUCUUCCACAUGACCUACGACCUGGCCAGCGCCAUGGUGAGGAUCGUCAACCUCAUCGGCAUGAUGCUGCUCCUUUGUCACUGGGACGGCUGCCUACAGUUCCUGGUCCCCAUGCUGCAGGACUUCCCUGCCGAUUGCUGGGUGUCCAAAAAUAAGAUGGUGAACGACACGUGGGGACAGCAGUACUCGUACGCGCUGUUCAAAGCCAUGAGCCAUAUGCUGUGCAUUGGCUAUGGCAUGUACCCCCCGGUGGGCAUGACCGACGUGUGGCUGACCAUCCUCAGCAUGAUCGUAGGCGCAACCUGCUACGCCAUGUUUGUGGGCCACGCCACCGCCCUCAUCCAGUCUCUGGACUCCUCGCGGCGGCAGUACCAGGAGAAGUACAAGCAAGUGGAGCAGUACAUGUCAUUCCACAAGCUGCCGGCAGACAUGAGGCAAAGAAUCCACGACUACUAUGAGCACCGCUACCAGGGCAAGAUGUUUGACGAGGAGAGCAUCCUGGGAGAGCUGAACGAGCCGCUCCGAGAGGAAAUAAUCAACUUCAACUGUCGAAAGCUGGUGGCUUCCAUGCCUCUGUUCGCCAAUGCCGACCCGAACUUUGUCACCUCCAUGCUCACCAAGUUGAAAUUUGAGGUGUUCCAACCCGGGGAUUACAUCAUCAGAGAGGGCACCAUCGGGAAAAAAAUGUAUUUCAUCCAACACGGCGUGGUCAGCGUCCUCACCAAAGGCAGUAAAGAAACCAAGCUGUCGGACGGCUCCUAUUUCGGCGAGAUUUGUUUACUGACUCGAGGCAGAAGAACAGCAAGCGUCCGGGCUGACACGUACUGUCGUCUGUACUCGCUGUCGGUGGACAACUUCAACGAGGUGUUGGAAGAAUAUCCCAUGAUGAGACGGGCCUUUGAGACAGUGGCUUUGGACAGGCUGGACAGGAUUGGCAAGAAAAACUCCAUCCUGCAGCAUAAAGUGCAGCACGACCUCAGCUCUGGCGUCCUCAACUGCCAGGAGAAUGAGAUCAUCCAGCAGAUUGUGCAGCACGACAGAGACAUGGCCCACUGCGCCCACCUCCUGCAGAACGCCCCUCCCCAGACGCCGCCAUCACCUACUCCCGUCAUCUGGGCCCCACUGAUCCAGGCACCUCUCCAGGCAGCCGCCGCCACCACCUCCGUGGCUAUCGCUCUGACACACCAUCCGCAUCUGCCGCCAACUCUUUUCAGGCCUCAGGUGUCUGUUCUGGGGUCCCUAAAGGACCCUCCCAGUCGACAAAAGAAGUUCCACACAUUUGGUCCAUCGUCACCAGCUUCUGGUUCUGCUGGAGAUUCUCCCGCCAGCACACCCUCAAAAAGACGCACCGGGGUGGACAUGUCUUUGCUAGCCUCUUUUCAGGCUCAGCAUAUAGCAUCAGGUUCAGGGGCGGUUCGUUCCAACCAACAGGGUUCAGGUAGCGGAAGUGAGAGCGGACCGAAUGGGACAAAGUCAGGGUUUGGUGCAAGUGGGACCUCGGCAUUUCCUCGCAGACCGUACUCAUCUUCUGGUUCGCCGUCAUCGAGUAUGGCGCAGUUACAUUCACUACCACAGCAUCAACAGCUUUUUCGCUCCACUACCCCACCGCUGUCAAAUCUCUUCCACCAAGGAUCAACGGGUGGAAGCACAGGGUCGGGAAUAAGUGGCAGCGCAGUUGGAGCCUGUGCCGGUGCAUCGGACUGGCCUUCAGGUGGAGCAGUAGGGGGUUCUUUUGAAGGGGAAAAUGGAGGGGACAGCGUAUGGGUUGGUGAGGACUUUACAACUGCAGCAACAGAAGCAAGUUCACUGAGCCAGUUUAGAUUGGGGUCUGUUCCUCGUGGAUCAGCUGGGCGUAUCUCGGGGGAAUCGCUCUCUGAAGGAUCAGUGGGUGGUGCUUGUGGCAGAUCAGCGGUAGGAGCCACAGGUAGUGUUACCUGUGGAUCAGUAGCAGAUUCUACCAAGAGAUCUUUAGGAGGGGUCACACGUGGAUCACUAGGGAGAGGUUCUGGAGAAUUGCUGAUAGGGAUGACCACUGGCGGAUCAUUAGGAAGAUUCUCGCUGGAAGGGACUGCAGAAGAAUUAAGUGUAUCGACGACCACUGCGGGAUCAUUAGGAAUGGCUUCCGUUGGGUCAGUAGGAGAGACCUCUGGAGAUUUACUGGUCUCAACAACUGCGACUGGAUCAUUAGGUAGGACUUCUCUCAGGUCAGCGGGUGUUACUUCUGGAGAAAUAGUGACCACUGGUGGAUCAUUGGGGCGGGCUUCUGGUGGAUCAGUAGGAAUAGUUUCUGGAGGGUUAACCGGCGGGGGACCCCUGAUCGGGCUUUGCAGUGACUCUGUAACAGCAAAUUCUGGAGGAUCUCUCGGCAGGGCUUCCAGUGGAUCUGCAUCUAGCUACAUUAGUUCGAGUUUGCCAGGGGGAGGGACAAUCGGAUCACAUAAAAGCAAAUCAACAGAGGGGCCAGUAGGGGGGCAAACAGCAAGUGGCCCUUCAGGAGGAACCUCUGGAGCAGUUGCAGAAGGACCUAUUUCUUCCACGCGCUGUCAGAGCCCUAUAUCUACUGGCUCUACCGGCGCCAUGCCAGCACAGCUUCUCUACAGUCAGCCCCCUCCCAAGCCUCCUCAAGUGACCCCUUUCCAACAGUUUGCAGGUGGGGGCAGGACUACAAGUGGCUUAAACCUCUUCCACUCCCCUCCACAAGGCUCUCCAUCCUCCAGCAGACGACAGAAUAGCCAACAGCAGGCUGAGGGUUCCCCGUCGUCCCUUGGUCAUUUUAGCCUGGCAGGCCUCCAGUCGGGAUUCCUUCCUCACCAGAUGUCCUUGGAGAGGUCUGCCUUGGCUUCCCUUGCCCAGUACGGUUCAGCAAAUGCCUCUCCAUGCCUUACUCCCGUGGCUCCGAGCCCGACUAUUCAAAGCCCGGUGAUGAGCAGGACUUUCUACUACAGCGACCCCCCGAGUUCUACAGGACCCCACAGUUCUCCGCUCAUGCCCCAAUCCUCUCUUCCUACAUAUCCUCCAGUCCAGACGCACACCACAGGUAGAGACUCUCAGACUGGUCGCUUUUCAGAGGACCUAAAGCUGCUAUCCAGCUCUCCACCAUCGCUUCCCCAGGAGGUGAUCCAGGCCUUAGGCCACCAAAGUACCUGCUCCUCCAUGGAAGCAGGUUAUUACCCCUCACCUUUCUCCUCACCAACUCUAAAACCCAAACCUUGCAGCUCAGUUCCGGGACAUAUGACGCCCCCAGUCCAGCUUUCUCCAGGGCACCCACAUCAGACUCACUCCCCUGGGGCGUCCCCUUCUUCGUCACUUCGGAGGGGGUCCUCUGCCUACUCGUCAGAUCUAGAAAUUCAAACUGUCCGCUCUAAGCUUCCUUCCAAUUUGUGAGGAUCGAUCACACCCUCCUGCGCUCCUCCGAACUGAAACCGAAACUAUGUCACAUGUGGCAUUCUUUCCUUUUCUUUUAUCAGACGUCACUGUGUUCCAUUUUCAUUUGACCUUCAAUUUGCUGUGAUUGAAAAACACACUUUAUACCAGGUAACACUGUUUUAUGCUAUGUCCUCUUAUUAUUUAUAGAUCAUCUAUAUAGAUAGAGAUAUAUUUAAGUGAUACGUUAAAUCAAGGAGGGUGUGAAAAACGAUCGUUAUUUACAAGGAUAGUCAGUUUCUUUACGUUGCGACGACGAUGUUUGCAGGGGACUGUUUAGUUGACUGUACUCAAAUACUCAUUUUAUCUGCAGGAACCUAUGCACUAAUACCUGCAUUUAAAGCUUUUUGUGUGUCUCAAACAAAACUUAUCUACAUUUUUGCUAAAAAAAAAAAAAAAUUAUAUCGUGUCAUACAGGAUCGCAUAUUGUUGAUUCUUAAAUGUAUAGACUGUGCUUAUUUAUCAUGUGUGUAAACCUUUCAAAAAACCUGACGACAAAAAAGAUUUUAGGAAACCAAAAAAAAAAAAAAAGACUUCUACUGAGGUAAUGUUUGACCUUCUCGUUUCCCGGUCCUAAUCAUAAUUUUAUAUCACUUUAUUGUAAUAAUAACAAUAAUGUUCUUUGAAGCAGGGCGAAGGAGGGUUGCGAACCCUCCGUUUCGAUAUCGAGAUUGCAGCAUGUGAGCGGCCCAGAUGGUGUCCCGGACACUUUUGUCUUCCAAACCCAUGCCGCUGAAAAAAACGUGUGCGGAACGCGUGUGUCAUCGUUCUUCCUGAAUGUGUGCAACUGUUCAUGUAGCGAGUGUGCGAGACCCAAUGGAACAGUCGGAUGCAAGGUUGGACCGAUUUUUUAAAAAAAACGGAACGUUGCCUUUUAUUUAUAUAGAACUUCCAUUAACUACAGUUUGACUGUGUAGAGCAGGGGCGGGGGGGGGGGGGGGGCUAAAUGUCUGAAUAUUUAUGAUGCAAUUAUGGGUUAAUUUUGAGUUUUGGGGCGUUUUUUUUACAGUUGCGCUGAGAUUUUGUUGUAGCAUAGCAUGACACAAACCAUUGGUUUCCAACCUGUGGUGUGUACCUUCAUGGUAUUCCACAUCUGUUCACUCAAAGGCACCUGGAACCAAGAAGUCCAGUUGCGUCUGAUCCAGUUUUGUGUACUGUAUUAAUCUGUAGCACUUGGACCAUUCCUAGUCUUAAUGAGCCUGAUACCAGAUUUACAGUUUUUACAUACAAAUACCAAGUUUCAAUACCAUCCCCAUGCCCCCCCAAAAAAUGCUUAGAAUGGACAUAUACAACUUAAUAUUUUAAUUUGUGCAUUAUUAUCUUCUAUGGCUGCUAUACCAUCAACAUAGGCUGUGAGAUGUUGAAUGUAUGUACAUUUGUUGUCGCUAAAAGUCAAGUACUGUGGUACCGAAUAAGACUGUUCCAGAAUUUUAAAUGAUAAAUUUGGUUCCAAUAUAUCGGACAAGAUGGUUUAUCAGCAAAUAAAAAGUUACUAUACACUCUGUAAUUUAGAGUGGCACCUUCCCCAAUAAUAUAUUCCAAUAAUAAUUGUGAUUUUGUUACAAAGCAAGGAAGCGGUUGUUGAUAUCGAAUUCAACAUCUCACGAUCACAGAGGCUUUACCUUACAUCAAAACUGAAUACACACUAGUGGAAGCUGACAUUAAACCCCCAAGGGGAUAUGCUUCAACUAGCAACUCUGUAGCUCAUCACCAAGACAAACACACACACACGUGUAUCCAGGUUCGACUCCCACAGCUGAGUCCCCCCCAACUCAGUCACAGCAGCCUAAUUUAACAAGACAUGUCUGUAAUCUCUUGACCCUGGCAGAGGUGCGCAAUGACCAUCUCCAGUCAUUAGGUUUCCCAGAAGUCCCUGUAAUGAGGAAGUAGAGCAAACACACAGGACGUGACACAAACAGGCUCACCAAUACAAAUAGAUGUUUGGUUUUUUUAAUGUCCUUAAAAUUUAAUUCCAAUGUAACACUUAUUAAUUUAAGUCAUAUAUAUCAGGGUUCACUGAGUGAGUGUCUUGAGUUCUAAGGAAAUCAGUUGGGGGGACCAGUCAAAAAAUCAAAAAAAAAAAUGCCAAUGUUUUU